UCAACAAAACUUGCAGCAAAAAGAGAUCAUGAAGAAACAGAACAGAUAAUUUCUCCAGUGAAGUGAAGAAGAAGAAGAUAAUAUGGCUACUGAAAACAAAUCUAGUAAUUCACUCAAGUUGAAAUCCAGCAGCAAUCAAGUUAUAUCACCAAAAGGAAAAUCUGUUCUACCUCUGAAAAAUCCCACCAAGAAAAUUGAGAUUCCAUCACCAAAUAAUAGCAAAAAGAUUGCAGAUUUAAAACAAAAAUCUGCACUUGCUCUUUCUAAAUUAGCUGAGUUGAAAGGAAAACAAAUUACCACAACUACUACUACAAAAACAAAAACAACAACAACAACAACAUCAUCAAAAUCUAUAGUCAAAAGCAGUGGUGUAAGAAAAAGAUCAGCAAAGAAAGUUUUCACAUUAGCUGGACAGAAAUAUGACCCCCCUGAAGAGAGAGAACCUCUAAGGAUCUUCUAUGAAUCGCUAUCGAAACAGAUACCGUCAAGUGAAAUGGCAGAAUUUUGGAUGAUGGAACACGGAUUGUUAUCUCCUGAAAGAGCAAAGAAAGCAUACGCUAGGAAGCAAAAGAGGCAGCAGCAAAUCAGGAACGGAAUUCCAAUAAAGCCUCAAAAACCUGCUCUAAUAAAGGCUCCAAAACCAGCUGAUAGACCAGAGAGCUCACAAAAGCAACAAACACAACCAUCAAAAAAUGGUGAUGUGAAAAUGAAGAAAAGGACGGCAGAUGAUGAUGACGAUUUCCUUUUCAAGCUCAAGAAAUCAAAAGGGUAAAUAUUGAAUUUAUAACCCUUUUGUAUGUAACACGAUUUUCCGAUUACCUUAUACAAGUCCUGGAGUUGAUUGCCAGUGAUAGAAAGUUUAUUUGAUUCUGUAUUUUUCAACAUGAAUUCUGAAUGGACGAAAAUUCCAUUGACUGAACACAUUCAGUUGUAGAUCACUUACUUGGAUAUUCUUUGUAAUGUAUAAGUCGAUUACACAUUAUGAGAAAUAAGCAAAACAGCUUUCGGGUUCUUGUUUCCAUA